AUGGCAGACAACCCAAACGAAGUAGAAUUUUGUUGCCGCGUGAUUAAAUGGCAAGGAAAGAACAAUGAAUGCAAGAACAAUCAGCGGAAUGAAAGAAGCCCGAAAGUCUGGCUCGACUAUUACAAUGACGUAGUAAGAGAUGACCUCAAGGACAUAAAAGUGAAUACACUAUUUAACGUGAAAAGAGACAUGCUUACGAAAAGGGUAUAUCCCAAGAAUAAGAAUUCCGCUCUAUUGCUACAUAAUCCUUUUGACUUUAGUUUGAAAAAAAAACAUAACCGAAAUGAAGGGAAGAGCAAUUCAGGUGUGAAAAGUGCCCACUGUAAUGUGAGCACAGAACGCAAGAAAAAAAUUUUUUUCGAAGAUUUUGUUUGGAAUAACGAGUUGAAGAGGUAUGUCAAGUUGGAACGUAUAGAUGGACGUCAGCACAAGAAGCAUGGUGAGCAUGCUAUGCAGAGUGGAGCCCCUAGGCAAGGCGCCAACUGUGGGAAGAGCAUCCGAAGAAGCAACUCCUGCAUGGGAUUAGACAACCGUGCAGGGCCCAUCAAUAACCAAACAAAUGGAGCGUCACAGCAGAAGUAUACUUGUUUAAGCGGUGCAUGCGCAUUAGCAACAUAUCAGCAGAAGAAUGGGUUCGCAGAAAUACCAGAGCCGCCCGUCGAAGAGUCAAAUGUGCGACGGUGCUUCUACCCGGGGGGUGCCCAAAAAGAAUAUUCCAAUGGGCACCCCGGUGCUACCCCAAACGGUUACCCAAAUGACCACCCAAACGGUUACCCAAAUGACCACCCAAACGGUUACCCAAAUGACCACCCAAACGGUUACCCAAAUGACCACCCAAACGGUUACCCACAUGAAAGACACAGAGUUGACCCUAUUGCUGCUCGUUCUGCUGGUCGUUUGGAUGACCGUUCUGCUGACCCCAGUGCCUUCCUUGCUGCUUACCAAAGAGGAUACGAAGGCGCUGAGCCCAGAACUUACACAAGCUCAAAUUACAACGCUGCAGUGGCUACCUACCCCAACGCGCCGACAACCGACGUGGCGCAUAGAAUAAGUGAGGAACUGAAAACCAUGAUCCUGGAAAAAUCACAGGCCCUAAAGAACGACACGAUGAGAAACAACCAUGGAGAAAAUAUCUUGAUGGUCCAGGAUGAAAAAACGGGAAGGGCGAAAAUCGUGGCGAACAAAAGGAUCGAAAUAGGUCAAGUCAUCUUUAUAGAGGAGUGCGUCCUGGAGACAUCCAUCCUGCUGGAAAAUUUAUGGGACACGUUUUAUUCGUUGGAUAAUGAUCAAAAAACUAAAUUGGAUAAAAUUUGCGAGUAUAUGAAUAUGGGAAAGGAGAAUAGGAGGGGGACACACAUGCACACAGGGGUAUCCCCAAGGGUAGCGGAAGAAGAACUACCGAAACUGGUGAGUAUACUGACAGACGGUAGUGAACAUACAACAGGGAAGGGAGGUGGAAACAGAACACGCCUAAUUUCUUACUGCCGAAGUGCAGAAAAUGAAAACGAAAAAUGCAAGAGACGCAUAGCACAUGGAACACUAACAGGAAGUAACUUCCAGGAUGGUGGAGAAGAGAAAAAAAAAAAAAAAUCAACGAAGGGAAAUUUUGUAAACGAUUUAAUUAAAUUCGAGACUUUCACAGAUAUAUUAAAGAACUCCUUCAUUUCGCCAAAGGAUAAAACAAAAAUAAUGUUGUUUCAGUAUGCAUCCCUUCUAAAUCACAGCUGCUUUCCGAACGCUAGCUACUCCUAUAUAGACAUUAACAGGAUCUGCUUCAUCUCCAUGAGGACAAUAAAUAGAUAUGAAGAAAUUACGAUCUCGCUAAUUGAUGAGCUGUAUGCUUCUAUCCAUCAUAGAAGGAGCAAAUUAAAUGAAGUUAAAAAUGGAACAUGCUUCUGCAAUCGAUGUUCACAAAUAAUUGACGAGGAAAGACACAUCCUCUGUCCUCUAUGUAAAUAUUCCUACGUUAGGAAGGAGAUAGACCUCAAAUCUUUAAAAAAUGGAUAUCAUAAUGGAGGUACAAAUGCAACCCAUUUAGGGGAUGCGAGUGAACCUUCCAGUGUGGGUACCUUUCAAGGAGGGGUGAUUCAAACGAGGCAGACCCCCACACAAGUGAUCAGUACAGGAGAAAAAGUCGGUACACCAUUGGGGGAAUCCCUCCCUGGAUAUACCCGCCCCACACAAAAGAAAAUUCACCUGGAAAGGGAAGAAGCUAAGAUAUCAUAUUUCUCUUCCCAGAGUGUCGUAGAGGACACAAGAUACUACUCAGGCACAGCUAAUAAAAGUGAAGACAUUAUUACCAAAAAGAACAUGACAAAAAUGGAGAAAGAUUCUGAAGAACCAUCCAUGCGUAGUAUUAGUAGAACCGAUAAAGCAGAAUUAUCCAAAGAUAUUCAGAAGAAAAUGCCAAAUGCGAGAAUCCUUCCCUGGGAGGAAGAUAUAAACAAUAGGAAUAAAGUUCCAGGAGUAAAAUUUAAUAUACUAAAAUUUGAGCAGAGCCUAAAUAUUGGGAACAUCUUGAUGCUCAUUUGGAACACACAAAAUGAGAGAAAUGAAAUUGGAUACUGCAAAUUUCAGAAUAAUGAAGAGCUAUGGAUUUGUGAUACUUGUGGUGAAGAAGUUUCUUCAUGUGCGCUACCAGUAGAAAGUGAAAAAAAUUUCACAAAGGAAUAUACAGUUUUGAGAGAAAUAAUAAAUAACUACCAAUUCGAUAGUGAAUAUAGUGUUGAUAAUAUUUUAAAUACCAUUGAAAGAUCCCUUGUUUAUAUUAUUGGCAUUUUAGGAGAAAAACAUUGGCUAUAUGCAUCGUUUAAUUACCUCAUGGCAGAUUUAUGCUUCUCACUCUGUUGCUAUAGUUCGGAUGAGUCAAAUUGGGAUAGGUAUCUGUUAAAAGGAUUUAAUUCGUUCCAAAAUUUUUUGUGGUUUAUUCAGACAAGAUCCCCGCAUUCCAUUCAUACAGACCUGGUACCCCUUGUGUUGAAAUUUUUUCUUGUCUGUAUUUAUACGUGCAAUUAUAAAACCCUUUAUGAAUUUGCGAGGUCAGGUUUUUUGGAAUUGAUAAGACAGAAAUAUGGUCCCUGGAACAUUCCCUUCAUAUGUCUCCAUCUUUCCUUUGAAAUGUGUUAUGCACACAUCAAUUGCACGCUACCCAUAUGCAGGGAGAUCCUUCUGGUCCUAGCAAACAUGACUCGGGUGCGGCUCUUCGGGAAUCUGCCCCGUUCAUGA